AUGGAUCAUCUGUACUAUGUCCGGUUUAUGAACCUGCUCGGAGGAUUAACUUCUUGAAUAAUGCCUUUGUGCUGGAGUAGAAGCUCCUGGUUGCCAGUGAUGUUUGGUGCUGCGCUGGUUGCUCUUACUGCUGCUAAUGCUGGACCAGGACAGGACAGAAGGCAGGCUGGAUCGUCAUCAUGCUUUGGAGGCUUCGAUCUCUACUUUGUUUUGGACAAAUCUGGGAGCGUGCAGAAUCACUGGACAGAAAUCUACAACUUUGUUGAACAUCUGGCUCAUAAAUUCAUAAGUCCACAGUUGCGGAUGUCCUUCAUUGUGUUCUCCACUGAGGGAAAGACCAUAAUGAGCCUGACAGAAGACAGGGAACGCAUUCGUAAAGGUCUGGAGGAGCUCUACAGGGUUCUUCCAGGGGGAGACACCUUCAUGCAUGAGGGCAUCCUGAGGGCCAGUGAACAGAUAUACUAUGGAAACACUGAAAGUUAUCGCACCGCCAGUGUUAUCAUAGCUCUGACAGAUGGAGAGCUGCACGAGGAUCUUUUUUACUACGCUGAGAGAGAGGCCAACCGCUCCCGGAGUCUGGGUGCCUCUGUUUACUGUGUGGGAGUCAAGGACUUCAAUGAGACACAGUUGGCAAAGAUAGCUGAUAGUAAGGACCAUGUGUUCCCAGUAAAUGAUGGAUUUGAGGCCUUGCAAGGGGUCAUUGACUCGAUCCUGAAGAAGUCCUGUAUCGAGAUCCUGGCUGCAGAGCCCUCUAGUAUCUGUGCAGGAGAGUCCUUCCAAGUGGUGGUGAGAGGAAAUGGAUUCCUCCACGCCCGCAAUGUCGAUAAGGUCCUGUGCAGCUUCCGCAUCAACGACACCCUCACUAAGAUGGUAAAGCCUUUGGUUGUCGAAGAUACAUAUCUUCUCUGCCCUGCACCAGUCCUUCAAGAGGAGGGGAUGGCAGCAAACCUUUAUGUCAGUAUGAAUGAAGGUCUCAGUUUCAUCUCCAGUUCAGUUACAAUUUCCACUGUGGGCUGUUCUGAUGGGACCAUCCUGGCCAUAGCUCUGCUCAUCUUGAUACUGUUCCUGGUAUUGGCUCUCCUCUGGUGGUUCUGGCCUCUCUGCUGCACUGUGAUCAUCCAUGAACCCCCACCACCAGCUCUGGAAGAGAGUUCGGAUGAUGAAGACUCUGAUGCACCUAAGAAGAAAUGGCCGACUGUAGACGCCUCCUACUACGGAGGAAGAGGAGUUGGGGGAAUCAAAAGGAUGGAGGUCCGCUGGGGUGAGAAAGGCUCUACCGAAGAAGGAGCAAAGCUGGAAAAGGCCAAAAAUGCCAAAGUGAAGAUGCCUGAACAGGAGUAUGUGGAGGGCCCCACACGCAUUCUCAACAACGGCAUGCACAAACCUUCGGGGCCACGCAAGUGGUACUCACCCAUCAAGAGCAAACUGGAUGCAUUGUGGGUACUUUUAAGAAAAGGCUACGACCGUGUGUCUGUAAUGAGACCUCAUCCGGGUGACAAGGGCAGAUGCAUGAACUUCACCCGCAUAAAGUCUCCCUCUCCUCGUUACCCACACCAUCACCCAUCUCCCAUCUACAACCCUCCCAGCAGAACUCCACCUCCACCGCAGGGCACCCUCCCACCGAGCCCCAGCAGCCCUCCAUCAUCUCCAACGUUCUCCUUCUCCACCCUUCCACUACUGCCCCCGACACCUCCUUCCACCUCCACCACUCCCUCCCCUCCCAUUUCACCUACUCCUUACACACCUCCAACCACCCUGCAGAUACCUGACCCUCCGGUGCUCCCUCCCACCCCUCCACCCUCUGCCUCCCCGACCGAUUCUCUGCCUCGUCUUCCACAUGGACCUCCUCCGGCGCGAGCCCCUCCACCUGCCCGCCCACCACCCCGCCCUGGCCUAUAG